CAACAUUCAACGAUCCAUCCUUGGCUGAUUUUACGUGCUUUACUGACGGUGCACUAACAAAUAUGAAACUCCCCGCGGUAAUGGUAUCCACCAUGGCAGCUCUGCCACUCGUGUCGUCUACCAUCAUCACCGCGUACCAAAAUAUUACGCUCCCAACAACCAAUACCACUCUUCUUGGAAAUAUUUACAAUCAUUGGAUCUACCUUGGAAACGACACGUACGACUUGACACGGUCCAUGGUCGCGCCAACGACUAAGCCCGUCACUAUACCCAUGACAGGAUCCCGAAAACGCGCUGUCAUUGAACCCUCACGCUCUGCGCUCGUCAUAAUCGAUAUGCAGAACUUUUUCCUCCAUCCAGAGCUUACUCCUAGCGCUGAAGGCGGGCGGAAAGCAGUGGAGCCUACGCUUAAUAUGAUCGAUGCAUUUCGUAGAAAUGGUAUGCCUGUGCUCUGGACAAACUGGGGUCUUGAUGGUAAGGAUCUCCGGGAUCUGCCUCCUGCGGAUAUCUCUGGGUUUUCGCAAACUAAGCGCAGCCCUACAAAUUCGUUCGGUAGUGAUAUGGGGAAACUGAAAGACGGCACUGAGUUGGGUAGAACAUUGAUGCGGGGCUCGUGGAAUGCAAGGCCAUAUGGAAAAUUGUACGAUGCCCAAGUUCAAGGCGUCAAGGAUGGGACUGAUCAUUACUUCAACAAAAACCGUGUGAGCGGCAUGUGGGGUGCGCAGACACCACUUGGCCUUUGGUUGGAAGAAAAUCAGAUCACUACUCUUUUCUUUGGAGGUGUGAACUCAGAUCAAUGCGUAUAUGGCACACUCCUAGAUGCAUAUUUCAAGGGAUACGACACUGUUUUCGUGGAUGAUAUCUCGGCGACAAUAAGUCCAGAAUAUGCGGCUCAAAUGGUCCGAUAUAACUCAGAUCUCAACGGCUUUGUAUCUAACUCGUCUUUGAUUAUACCUGCACUCUCCUAAUGCCCGAUCCGAGUUCCUGGAGUGAGGCUGUGGGCAUUUGUCAAACCUAACUUAGCUAGGUAACAAGCUAUAUUUAUCUAUCACGAAUAAUAUAUAAACCGCUUCUACAUAC